AUGAUGGAUCGCACGCCUUGCUUCCACAUGUCACCUUUGGAACUUUUUAACCCAAUUCCAGAGUCUUUGAUCGUCUCCGCGAGAGCCAAGUCGUCUCCAUCCGCCACUGUGAUCUCCACCACCACUGUGGAACCAUCAGCUGCUUGUUACCCGGGCGGCUUGGAGUGGGAGGAGGACGAUGAAGAAGAUCUGGAGGUGAGCUGUCACAGUUCCAGCAGUCGCGUCUCCUUCAACGUAGAUGUCAAGGUGGUGGAGAUACCGUCGCACAGGGAUUAUCCAGAAGAAACUCGAGAGUUACUCUGGCGCAGCUCUUCCGAUCUCGCGGUUGAUGUCGAACGAAACUCCUUUGAGUUUUGCUCUGAUGGGGAAGACUGGAGGGCUGCUACCGAAGAACAAGACUUUGCUCAAUUGCCCUCAUCCGGAGAGUUGGUCCAUCCUGCCACUUGGUUGAGAGAAACCAAAUCCUAUGGUGCCGCCUUGAGGUCGCUCAAAAGACGACGCAGUAGCAGCAGCCGUCAAAGGCGAGGAUCUCGUUCCGGGCGCGUCAACUUGAUUCACGCUUACAUGGAUGACAUUGUGUCGACUCCCAAAAGGAGUAUGAAAACCUCCAGCUCGACUCGCCCUGGACAGCUUCUCCUGCCCUCUUGGUUUUCGCAACUAUUGACGGAUGAUUGA